AUGGGGCCUGUAGUGCCAGUGGCUGAUUUAAUUUGGAACAACUUCGCUCCUCCCAAAGUGCAAUUUUUUAUGUGGUUGGCUUGGCUUGGUAAGGUUAAAACUUCCAGCUUUCUCCAUAGAAUUGGAAUCUUAUCUGAGAGUGCUAAUCUUGCUUGUGUUUUCUGGCAUGAUGAGGUUGAAACAGUGGAUCAUCUAUUUCUUUUCUGUCCUUUUGUUUGGUUGUUGUGGUCUAAUAUAGUAAGAUGGUGGGGCUUGCAAUGGGUCUUACCAGGUUCUGUGUCUGGUCUGUUGCAAUGGUGGUCUGGUUGUAGAAUGAAGAAGCUGGAGAAGAAAAUAUGGAUGGUUCUCCCUCUGGCUACUCUCUGGUCCACUUGGCAGCAUAGAAAUGCUUGUGUAUUUUCUGGUUCUCAACCAAAUUUGGCAGAUUUGUGUAAACUAGCAAAAGUCAGAUUAGCUAUGUGGCUCAAAGCAUCGCCAAUUCAGGUGGAGUUUUCUAUAAAUGAUUUGGUUGGGAUCUGUUGGUCUGCUAAGCUCUGCUACUGUGACAAGCUUGGCCUUAGUCUCAAGUUGGAUUCAUGUGUGGCUGGAGUUAUGAUAUCAACCAUUGAUUUUGCACAACAUACUUAA